AUUCCACCUCCCACAGUACGAAAUUGUGGUGAAAUUUUACCUUUUCCGAGAGAACGAAUUACUCACAAGUUACUACGUCAUAAAAAUAAACACUACUAAAUCCAAUUGGAAAAUCCACGUAUUAACUUGAAAUACGUCGACAGUUGUAGUUGAGUGUUCUAAAGGGAAGUUAAAAUGAGCUACCCCGGAUAUCCACCCUAUCAACAGGGACCGGGCAUGCCUGGUGCAAACCCUCCGUAUCCGCAACAAGGAUACCCACCAUAUCCAGGAGGUGGCGGUGCCCCAUACCCGGGCGCAUACCCACCCCAAGGAGUGUACCCCCCAUCGCUCGGGUUUAGCUCGAAUGCCCCCAUGUACAUGCCCCAACCGAGCUACCCUGGUGCACCUCCACCUGAAGGAUCCUACCCCAGUGCAGAACCAUCCUACCCAGGUGCAGCACCAUCCUACCCCGGUGCAGCCUCACAACCACCUUAUGCGGGCGCACAGCAGGUCUAUCCCACUCAUCACACACCGAACUAUGCACCACCUCCACCUACCUCGCACGACAACUACGAACCACCCCAUGGGGGAUACAGCUCGCAACCGGAAGUCGUUCAAAGGAAAUCGCCAACCGUAAUACCGGCGAGCCCCUUCGAUCCUCGAGGCGACGCCGAAGUCCUAAGAAAAGCCAUGAAAGGCUUCGGUACGGAUGAAAAGGCCAUAAUCAACGUACUGGCCAGACGUACCAACGCGCAACGUCUCGAAAUCGCGGUCCAAUUCAAAACAAUGUACGGAAAGGACCUGAUUAAAGAUCUGAAAAGCGAACUGAGCGGCCGAUUCGAAGACCUAAUUGUCGCCUUAAUGCUGCCCUUACCUCAGUAUUACGCCAGGGAGUUGUACAAUGCGGUCAGCGGAAUGGGAACCGACGAAGAUUGCCUCAUUGAAGUGUUGUGCACUUUGAGCAACCACGAGAUUAUGACCAUACGAACUGCGUACCAAAACACGUACCACUCCUCGUUGGAAAGUGACCUCAGAGGUGACACAAGCGGUCACUUCAAGCGUCUAAUGACCGCACUGUGCAGUGCAGGUCGCGAUGAAAGCGGUGUCGUAAAUCAAGCACACGCAUCUGCAGAUGCCCAACAAUUGCUAAACGCCGGUGCUCUACAGUGGGGAACGGACGAAUCACUAUUCAACAUGAUCCUCUGCAGUCGCAACUACAACCAGCUCAGACUGAUAUUCGACGAGUACCAGCGCAUAGCCGGUCACGACAUCGAGCAAGCUAUCAAAGGGGAGUUUUCCGGUGAUAUCGAGCAAGGUCUGCUCGCUGUGGUACGCGCGAUACGGAGUUUACCGGCGUUCUUCGCCAAAAGGUUGUAUCAAAGCAUGGUGGGUAUGGGCACCAAUGACAAUCAGCUGAUACGAAUCAUUGUGACAAGGAGCGAGGUCGAUAUGGGCGAGAUUAAGCAGCAUUACGCCGCUAUGUACGGAAAGGACUUGGCAGCUGCUAUUGCGGAUGACGUCUCAGGAGACUACAAGAAGUGUUUGUUAGCCCUGAUUGGAGCAUAUUAAAGUUGCCAAUUCUUUAAACAUUCGAUUUGUAGAACACUAUUUUGUUGUGUACUUCAAGAACUAUUUUUGAACUGUAUUUACUCUUUUUUGUGAGAUUUUAAGGCCUUAAUAAAUGUUGCAAGUGUCAAAGUUUAAA